GUGGAGACUUCCACACCCGGCCGUCUUCAUAUUGCUAUUUUAUUUUAUUUAUUUAUUGUUACCAUUUUACCAAGUGCGUUUUUCAAUGCCAUUAUCUAGGAAACCUGAGAAAACUGAAGUUCAUUGAAGGUGCACAAAAUACAAGGCCACUUGUGGGAAGAGCCUCACUUACUUAAUAGAUCAAGUUCAGUAGGAAAAAAAUGCCCCAACGUCCUGAGGCCCCCAGAGCAGGCGGCUGUUUGCUCUCCAGACCCAAAGCAGAGCCCGGUGAGAACUCGUUCGCAGUCCAACAUUAGAGGAUGCGCUGCAGCGUGCGCUGAGCCCCGCGCUACAGAGCACUUCCGCCUUGAAAAAAAAUGCGGUCACGGGACAGGUUUCCGGUUCCCCUCCUCAAGAGCGCCCAAGACCUUUAUCCUAGUUGGCAAUUGUCCCCACCCAGCCGCUCCCUCAGGAUUCUCCACACCCUGAAGAGCAAUUUGCACGUUCGAGGGUGUGACGGUUACGCCGUGACGUCGCCACAGAGAAAGCGGUUAGGCAAACGGAAUACCACGGGUCUUCAAAGACCGGAGCUCUACGAUCGCGGAGUAGCGCGCUGACAGGCUGGAGGCGGGACUAAUUUACGACUGACGUCCACACACACCCAUUGCCCUUCUCGUUCCUUCUCAAACCAACCAAUGAAUGCGACGACGGAGACGGCAACGUGCGCCAGCUGCUAGCAGUGACUCCGCCCCCUCCGCCUGGUCGCCAUGUUUAGUGUGGCUACCUCCCCUUGCGCGCGUCUUCAUGCUCUACUUCUGCUUUCCGUGGCCCUUUCUGAACUGCUUCCCUAGGUAUUUUUUCCUAUCCACGUUCAGCUUCCCCCUUCUGAGUUUUGUGCUUGCUCGUGGUUAUCCAGACACACUUGAUAUGGCGGAUAGAGGCGGUUCCAAGGCGGGGCGCGACCGGCGCGGUGACGUCAGCGCGCUGCGUGUCGGCAGGUGGAGGCAGAGGGGAAAGUUUGGCCCUUGCUGGGGUCUGGUGGAGGGCGGGGCGGAGGGGCUGGGCCCAGGGGAGGUUUCUGUCGCGGGUGCAGCGGAGGCCGAGGCAGGGACGUGGGCCGGGCCGGGGAGUGCUGGACACAGGCGCAGGAAACGAGGUUCGCCGGAGCUGUGAGCCGCCGCCGCUGUGCCACACAGUGACCCCGCGCCCCGGCGCCGUGCGACCCGUGGCUGUUCUUCAGGCGGUUGGUGGGGGCUCGGCGGCGGCGGCGGCGGCGGCGGCGCGGCGGUUGGGGGUGGGGAGACUUGCUGCGAGGAGACGGGAGGUCAGUGACUUUGAGGAGGACCGAGAGCCGCUGCUAUCGUCAUGUCCGAGGACUCGAGCGCCCUGCCCUGGUCCAUCAACCGGGACGAUUAUGAGCUGCAGGAGGUGAUCGGGAGUGGAGCAACUGCUGUGGUCCAAGCAGCUUAUUGUGCCCCUAAAAAGGAGAAAGUGGCGAUCAAACGAAUAAACCUUGAGAAGUGUCAAACUAGCAUGGAUGAACUGCUGAAAGAAAUUCAAGCCAUGAGUCAGUGCCAUCAUCCUAAUAUUGUAUCUUAUUACACAUCUUUUGUGGUAAAAGAUGAGCUAUGGCUGGUCAUGAAGCUGCUAAGUGGAGGUUCUGUUCUGGAUAUUAUUAAGCAUAUUGUGGCAAAGGGAGAACACAAAAAUGGAGUACUAGAUGAACCUACCAUUGCUACGAUACUCCGAGAAGUAUUAGAAGGGCUGGAAUACCUGCAUAAAAAUGGGCAGAUCCAUAGAGAUGUGAAAGCUGGAAAUAUUCUUCUUGGAGAAGAUGGCUCAGUACAGAUUGCAGACUUUGGGGUUAGUGCUUUUUUAGCAACUGGUGGUGAUAUUACCCGAAAUAAAGUGAGAAAGACCUUUGUUGGCACACCUUGCUGGAUGGCACCUGAGGUUAUGGAACAGGUCCGAGGUUAUGAUUUUAAAGCUGAUAUUUGGAGUUUUGGAAUUACAGCAAUUGAACUGGCCACAGGGGCAGCUCCUUAUCAUAAGUAUCCACCAAUGAAGGUUUUAAUGCUAACACUUCAGAAUGAUCCUCCUUCUUUGGAAACUGGUGUUCAAGAUAAAGAAAUGCUGAAAAAAUAUGGAAAAUCAUUUAGAAAAAUGAUUUCAUUGUGCCUUCAAAAGGAUCCAGAAAAAAGACCAACAGCAGCAGAACUUUUAAGGCACAAAUUUUUCCAGAAAGCAAAGAAUAAAGAAUUUCUUCAAGAAAAAAUAUUGCAGAAAGCACCUACCAUUUCAGAAAGAGCUAAAAAGGUCCGGAGAGUACCAGGGUCCAGUGGUCGUCUUCAUAAGACAGAGGAUGGAGGCUGGGAGUGGAGUGAUGAUGAAUUUGAUGAAGAAAGUGAGGAAGGGAAAGCUGCAAUUUCACAACUCAGGUCUCCUCGGGUGAAAGAACCAUUAACAAAUUCUGAGCUCUUCUCAACAGCUGAUCCCAUGGGUACUUUGCUCCAGGUUCCAGAACAGAUUUCUGCUCAUCUACCUCAGCCAGCUGGGCAGAUGCCUACACAGCCAACUCAAGUCUCACUCCCACCCCCUGCAGAGCCAGCAAAGACAGCUCAGGCUCUGUCUUCUGGAGCAGGUUCACAAGAAACCAAGGUCCCUAUCAGUCUAGUACUAAGAUUAAGGAAUUCCAAAAAAGAACUAAAUGAUAUUCGAUUUGAAUUUACUCCUGGGAGAGAUACAGCAGAAGGCGUCUCUCAGGAACUCAUUUCUGCUGGCUUGGUCGAUGGAAGAGAUUUAGUAAUAGUGGCCGCUAAUUUGCAGAAAAUUGUGGAAGAACCUCAGUCAAAUCGAUCUGUCACUUUCAAACUGGCAUCUGGUGUUGAAGGCUCGGAUAUUCCUGAUGAUGGCAAACUAAUAGGAUUUGCCCAACUCAGCAUCAGCUAAACCACAGGCCUGCAAGAAGUGGCCUAAGGAGAUUCCACACAGCAUAUCUCUGUUGCUUCUAUUGGCCUAAACCCACUACUGCCAAAGAACCUAGCAACAAACCUCCCAUCUAGGAGCUUUAGAGUUCUUUGUUUUUCCUGCCAUCCUUCCCCCUUUUCCCUGCUGGGAGAGAACAGUUGGGUCACCAGUGGUCAGCAUCCCCUUAAAGAGUUCCGUUAAUAAACGUGCUGCACACGUCCCCUAUCUUCCUCCAUCUGAGAAGUGACCCAUGUGCCUCAAGGCCAGGAGGGAGAUCUCAGCUUGUUCUUGCCUUACUCCAGUGAUGGCCCAGGUGGAAAGUAGCAGCUCUAUGGAUGUCCUCAUCUUGCGUGUUCUCACACCUGCCACAAUGUGGGCAUCUUGGGUUAUCUCUUUACCAUUGAAGUAGCAAUUAAAAGUUGAUUGUUCAGCAGGAGCCCAGAGAAUUUAAUUAGUGUUUUUUCUUUGUACCUGAUGUGAAUUCUAACAACCUUUGUUAGAAAAAAGCACAGCCUCUGAUGGAGGCAGCCUAAACUGUGUUCUUGUUUUGUUCAUGGUGUCUCUUAAGUGUUUUGCUGAAGCUGCUCUCAGGCACCCCCUUCUUCAUUGCUCCCUCCAAAAGGGUUGCUAGCCUUAACUUCAGCUGGUGCAAAACAUCUGACUGUAGUCAAACUUCAGCCAUCAGAUUCUUCAAAGUGGAACUUUGUACUGUUUUUGCAUUACAAGUGCAUUUUCCAUUAUAUCAAGUAAUGGCUUGUAAAAGUAAAUUUUGCCAGAGGUGGUUUUUGAAAAGAAAAAUCAGAAUUCAUUGUUGAAGUGUUUAUUUUCAAAUUUUAAAAAAUUACAUUGAAGAAAAACUGCUCCUCGAUCCUCCUAUGAAAAUCAGUUCACCUGGCCUCCAAGUCACAAGGAAGUGAGUGUGCAAGGCUGAGAUUUCUACAGCAAUAAAGGAGACUCACCCUGGGCCAGAGGCCUGCCUUCUGCCCCUCUCCUGCACUGACUCUCUGGAGGGGGUCCCUGUGCGCUAAACCCGACUCAUGAUGGAAAGUGAAGCCACAUGUGCCGUGACCUUUAGGUUUUAUGAGUAGACAGUGUUCAUUUGAUUUUUUACAGAAAUUAUAUAACUUAUUCUUUAGGUUUAAAAAGGAGCACUCAUAAUGCAAUAUGUGAAUAAUCAAUGGGGUUGAUUUUUCCUUUUUUCCUUCUAUUUCAUAGUCUUUGUCUAACAAUUAAUAACCCUACCAACUUACCAGGUUUUAUAUAUGAAUAGGAUACUUGAUCUGGCCUUAAAGAGACACACAGAAGUGGGCUUUAGGCCCAUGGAAAGGAGAGAGUUGCCUUUUAUAGAAUCACUUGAGCCCUUUCCAGUAUUGUUGAUCUGAAGAACAAGAUUACCUAGGUUUUUUUGGAACAUCUGACAGUUUUCCCCAUAACUGCUUGUCAUGCCUUUUGUUUCAUUUUUUCUGAGCCUGUAGCUUUAGUCAUGGGCAUUCUUUACCUGCUUGGGUACAGAGGCAUGUUGGGAAAGGGGUGGAUGGUGGGAAGGGAAAGGGGAUGGAUUUGGGAUGAGGUUUGGGAGGAAAGUAGAUUAGAAGGUUAGACUCCAAGUCCAAGGUCCUAGCAGGAUUGGUUAAAGAAGGAAGCGUUCUGAGUCAGGAGGGAGAGAAAAGAUUGAUCAGCUUUCUGGAAAAAUAGUUUGUGUUUUUCUUUUUGUGGGGAUAGGGAGUGGAGAUGAAGGUCAGGGAAGUGGGAAUGGAGUAUGAAAAAGUAGAUAAUGUCCUCUUUGGCACAAGAUCAGUGGCUUGCAUAGUCCGUUUUUUGGUUUCAAACAAAGCCAUUAAACUCUACUUAUUUAUAAACCUGGGAGGGGGCUCAAACCUGUUCUGGCUUAUGAUUGGGGGUGGUCUGACAUUGGGCUAGGCAUGAGCAGCAGUCUGUCCUUUGUUCACUUUUUCCAGCCACCGUACCUUUGAACCUCAAUGAGACAAGCCUAACAACAGAUGUGGCCUGGGGCUUUCUCUUUCUUUUUCAGUUCAGUUGCCCUUUUGGGAGUUAGGAGACAGACCUCCCCCAGCCUCAGGACAGUGUUAUUUCUUCUUCCACAUGAUGUAUGGUGAAUUCCUUCUGGCUUGUACAGUGAUGCUGAGAAAGCAGAUGAACAGAAACUGCCCAGGUGGAACAGCAAGCAACCUUUCCAGGAGUUGUGGUUCAGAGUGCUCCUGGUCCCCAGGAUACCCUUGUCCUUGGAGUAUAUAGCUAUAUUAACUAUAUAGCACAAGGUAAUAUGUGCCAAUGCUAUCUGUGAAAUGUGUGGUCUUUCUAAAGGACUAAUGAGGAGUUUUACUUAAAUUUUGAACCAAAUCCUAGAGCCAGCUGGUACUAUUUAAUAAUCUGGAGGACAGAAUAACAGUGUAUUGAUAAAUGGAGGUUCCUCCUCGUGAUGUAUGCUAGAUUAUGGAAGAUGUAAAAUAUUUAACUUUCCCCCUUUUUGACUUUGUAUUUUACUGCAUGUUUUCUUCAUUUUUAAUCAAUAAAGAAUAAGUUGCCCUUA